GCCCGGAGAGGAACUCCCCGCUCCCGGCGUGCACUCCCGCUUGGCCAGCGCUCACCAUGCGGCCCCUCGUCCUGCUGUGGGGCUGCCUCGUGCUCCCAGGUUACGGAUCCCUGGUGGGCCCGAAGGAGAUCAGCGGCUUUGAAGGUGGCACCGUGUCCCUGCAGUGCACCUACGGGGAAGAGCUGAAGAAGUACAGGAAAUACUGGUGCCGGGAGAGCGGGUUCUUGAUCUCCCGCUGCUCUGGGACUGUCUACUCUGGAGAAUAUGGCCAGGAAGGCAGGGUGUCCGUCCACGACAGCCCCCGGCAGCUCAGGUUUGAGGUGAUCCUGAGGAACCUCACCCUGAAGGACAUGGGGCAGUACUGGUGUGGGGUCAAAAGAGUGGGCUUCGAUAAGACUUUCUCGGUUUCUUUGCUCGUCUUUCCAGCUUCUGCUGGUCUCCACCUGACAGUCACCACAGCCAAGCUGGGGAAGACAGGGGCAGAGACCUCUCCAUUCACAGGGACCUCCCCAUCCGGGCGUGCAGCAACCUCUCCGUAUGCAGGGACCUCUCCUCACCCGGCAGCCUCUCCAUUUGCCAGGACCUCUUCUCACCCAGCAACCUCUCCGUAUGCAGGGACCUCUCCACAUGCAAGGACCUCUCCGUAUGCAGCAGCCCUUCCAAAUGCAGGGACCUCUCCUCACCCGGCAACCUCUCCUCCUGCAGGGAUCUCCCGCCAAGCCACACAGCUGGACUCCACCUCAACAGAGGACACCAGUUUUGUCCCCAGCAGAAGCAGUUCCAAGCCCAGGGUGUCCAUCCCGAUGACCCGCAUGUUGGCCCCGGUCCUGGUGCUGCUGGCCCUUCUGCUGGCCACGGGCCUGGCCGCCCUCGGCAGCUACCUGCUCCAGUGGAGGAAGAAAGCUCAACUGGCCAUGGAGACACCGAGGAAGGAGAAGGUCCAUCUCUCCCACUUGCCACUGGGGAACAGCUGGGUCCCAGAGUAUGCUGGGAUCGACCUUGCAGGGCCCACUGGGCCUCCUGCCAGCCCCAAGCCCUCUGCCAGCCCCAACGUGGAGAUCCGGUGCCUGAGCCAGACUUCAAAGGAAGACGAAGCCUCGUGGCAGACCCCUGAGGGAGACAUGACCCCAGGCCCUCCCCUCCCCGUGUCUGGGGACGAGCCAGACUUUUCUAAGUUCAUCUCAGUCUAGCCACCUAACGCCCUCCGUGAAUCUCUGGAAGGGCUGAAUUUGCGCUAACUUGGAUAAGUUUUCUGCUACGGCUUCAGAGUCCUCCUGCCAGAGUCCAGGGCUCUCCUCCACCCUCCCCAAGCUUUCCUCCUGCAUGCCCCAGCUGACCCGGAAGGCUUUGUCAGCACUGGGGCCUGGAGUGGUGGCUUCACGGUUCCAUCUGGAGACGGGGACCUCCCCAAGAUGGUCGCAUUCCUGGGCAAAGCGUGCAGCCGCUGGACCCUCAAGGGGCCAGGCAGGGCUCAGGGGGUCUGGUCCGAGUUUGUUUCUGCUACGGGAACUCCCCUGGGCCUGGGUGCCCAGCCACAGGCCGCUCCUAACUCCCCCUCCAGACCCUACUUCCUCUUCCCUUCCUUCCAUCCUCAGACUCAAGGUCAAGUUCUCCUACAUAAGCUGGUGAGGAGGAGGGAGACUGCUGGGUUAGACGGGAUUCUGAUUUCUCAAAGCCGGGCUGUGAACCUCCUGCAUCCCAGUCCUUCAGAAAGCUGGUUAGAAGGAUAAUUCCUGGGUCCCAUCAAGAACUACCAAAACGGAACUUCCCUGGUGGCGCAGUGGUUAAGAAUCUGCCUGCCAACACAGAGGACACAGAUCAGAUCCCUGGUCC